AUGGUCCACUGGGACUCAAUGGGUGGCAAUUCGGACCCCCUGCUCCGUCCGGAUGUCUACACCGACCUCUUAACCUUUGCCUUCUCGGGCCCUAAGCCCUACAACCAGAGCCAGCCCUUGUUCAUUGAUGCCGAGGAUCCCUCCCGUUCUUUUACAGCCCUGCAGUUCCGCCAACUGGUCCGGACGCUGAUUGCAGGCUUCAAGGCCCACAAUGUGCGGCCCGGGGACUGUGUGCUGCUGCAUCUGGGGAACAGUAUCUUGUACCCUGCGCUAUUCUUUGGCAUUAUCGGCGCCGGUGGUGUCUACAUGGGCUCCAACCCGCGGAGCCAGCCCCAAGAGCUGGACCACAUCGUCGGCCUUGCCGACCCCAAGCUGAUCCUCACCACGCGCGAUGCGCUGCCCAUGGUGAAUGAGGUGGCUGCCGCUCGCGGCAUCCAUCCCGGCCAGGUGUGCCUGGUGGACGAACGUGCGGUCGACUAUUGCGCGCAGCUCUUCCUGUCGUACGAGCUGGGCUACCCAGCCGCGAACCAGUUCGCCAUGGCCGGCGGGGACGCCCGUCACUUCAAUUUCGCCCACCUGAUCUGUUAUGGUGAAGGCAACUGGCCCGUCUUCAAUGAUGCUGACACGGCCCAGUCCACGCCCGCAGCCAUGUUCUCGACCAGCGGCACGGGUGGUCUCCCCAAGGCUGCCAUCCUCUCACACCAUGCGAUCGUAUCCCACCACCGCUCCAUCCAGUACGACGUGCCCUACCCGGUCAGUCGACUCAUGUCCCUGCCCAUGUUCCAUCUCUUCGGCGCCCUGUGGACCCACCUGUUCCCCGUGCGAUACGGCCAUCCGCUCUUCGUCCUGCCGCGGUUCGAGAUGAACCAGUUCCUCGCGACUGUGCACCAGUACCGCAUCUCAGAGACCUACCUGGUGCCCGCCAUCAUCCACGCCGUCAAUCAGUCCUCCAUGCCCGUGGCCGACUACCUCGGCUCGUUGCGCUAUGUGGGCAUCGCCGGCGCCCCCAUCGACGCCCAGUCCGUCCAGCACUUCCGCAGCCACCUGCAUGCCCAUGCGUCAGCCUGUCAGCUCUGGGGCAUGACGGAGGCGGGCGUCACCUUUCAGCAGCGCUAUGGUCAGCGCGGCAGCGCGGGCAGCAUUGGGACUCGGCUAUCUGGGUACCAGGUCCGUCUAGUCGAUCACGAAGGUAAUGUCGUGCGCGAGGAUGAUCGCGCCGGCGAGCUGUGGGUCCGCGGUGCGGGUCUGCUCAUGGGCUACAAGGGCCGUCGAGACGCCAAGGACCAGAAGGGAUGGUUCCGCACGGGUGACGUGGCGUACGUUAAGGACGGCCAGUAUUUCAUUGUGGGCCGGACCAAGGAGCUCAUCAAAGUGCGAGGAUGGCAAGUUGCCCCCGCCGAAGUGGAAGCCGUGCUACUGCAACACCCCGGGAUCGGCGAUGCCGCCGUGACAGGGGUCAAUCUCAAAGACGGCAGCGGCGAAGUGCCGCGCGCGUUUGUUGUGCGCUCGCGCGAUCCCAGUGUAUCACGCCCGACAGCCGACGACGUGUACAAGUUCGCACGCAAGCGACUGGCCAGCUACAAGGCCCUGGAUGGCGGGGUGCUUUUCGUGGAGGAAAUCCCGCGUACGGCCAGCGGCAAGAUUCAGCGCUUCAAGCUGUCGCAGAUGAACUCGUACCGGGAGAUGAUGGCCUCCAUGCUCUCCCGUUUUGACGGUCACGGCUCCCCUCACCCGUCCGGCGGCCCGGAUAUGUCCAAUGUGGGCGUGCACGCGCAGGAAGGCCGCGUCGCAGUGUGA